AGCCGAGUCGUGACGUCACCAACGGGUCUGACAGCAGACGUUGCAGCCAUGGAGGAAGUGAGAGUGUUUCCUCUGACCUGUGCCGUGCAAAAUUAUGCGUGGGGGAAGGUCGGGCUGGAUAGCGAAGUGGCCAAACUCGUGGUUGGUGGAGACCCCGGAGCUGUUGUAGCGGAUGGCAAGCCCUAUGCAGAGCUGUGGAUGGGUGCCCACCCAAAAGGUGAUGCCCAGAUUAAAGACAACAGGAUCGCACAGACCACUCUGGGCCAGUGGAUCGCCCACUUCCCUGCCUGCCUGGGCUCCAAAGUCAAAGACACCUUCCAGGGCCAGCUGCCCUUCCUCUUCAAAGUCCUCUCUGUCAACACAGCGUUGUCCAUACAGGCCCACCCCAACAGAGAGUUAGCUGCUCGUCUCCAUUCUCAGUUUCCGGAGCACUAUCCAGACAACAACCACAAGCCGGAGAUGGCCAUUGCCCUCACCCGCUUUCAGGGCCUCUGUGGCUUCAGACCAGUGGAGGAGAUCCUGGGAUUUCUUAAAUCUGUCCCAGAGUUCCAUGCUCUGGUGGGCAACGAGGCUGCAGGGGAGCUGCUGUGCAGCAUGGGAGAUGAGGUUCAUACGAGCCAGGUGCUGAAGAAGUGCUUCACCAGGAUGAUGAACUGUGAGAAGAAGGUGUUCGUAGAUCAGCUCAACAUGCUGGUCAAGAGAGUCACAGAAGAAGGUGCAGCAGGGAAGGACACAUCAAGCAGCAACGGUGAUAUGUUGCUCCGUCUCCACUCCCAGUACCCCGGAGACAUCGGCUGCUUCUCCAUCUACUUCCUCAACCACAUUGUCCUGGAUCCAGGCCAGGCCAUGUUUCUGGGAGCCAACGAGCCUCACGCUUACCUUUACGGAGACUGUAUCGAGUGCAUGGCCUGCUCAGACAACACGGUGAGGGCCGGUCUGACACCGAAAUACAUUGAUGUCAACACGCUGUGUGAGAUGCUGAACUACAGCCCAGCCCCCGCCAGCUCCAAAAUCUUCCCAUGUGUCCAGGACGCUUCAGAUCCCUGCGUGUCCCUGUACGACCCCCCAGUGCCAGACUUUACUGUCAUGAGAAUACAGGUCCCAGCCUCGGUGAAGCAGUACACUGUGGCGCCGGUCGACAGCGCCAGCAUCCUCUUGGUCAUCGACGGCGAUGCCACGGCAACCUCUGCUGCUGCCCUCUCUGACAUCACGCUGAGGCGCGGCACCGUCCUGUUUGUCUCAGCCAACGAGAGCGUCUCCCUGCACAUCACCUCCCAUUCAGGGAUGAACAUGUUCCGAGCCUGCUGCCUCCUGUAGGCGUGAGUCUGUGUGUGAAAGCUCAUACUACCUGUGUUUGUUUCCCUCUGGUGUGAGUCAGAAAGGUCUACGUUAAGGAUUGAGCCCAGUGAUCGCUGUGCACUUUGUUGUAGGUAGUAUGUUAAAGGAGCUUUCAGACACAGUGCCAAUGCCCGUUUGUGCCCGCUGCUCCCCAAACCUGAAUUCACCUGCAGACUCCACUAGUUGCUGCUCAAGUUCUUUUGCCUAAAAAAUCUAGCUUUAAUCUAUUGCUGCUGGAUUUUAAUUGGUUUGAACUUGUUUACCUGUAGUGGUGCAAUGAGAUCUUUUU